UUCUAGGAGUGGCGGGGUGAAGCGGAGGCGAGGGUCGAGGGUCGAGAGUCGAGGGAUAGCCGAGGAUAGAAAGCCAUGGAAAUGGAGCAUAGAGAAGAAGAGAAGGAACCAAUUAGGGCUGCUUCGGAAGAGGUUUCCCGUGAGUUCAAAACCCUAGUCAGUACAGAAGAUCUUCAUUCUCUCGAGCAAUUGCAACACAUCAUAUUGGGAAGGUUGCAGGAUAGCAAUGCUGUCCUAUCGCACUUUAAUGAGUUCUCAGAAAACUGCUUUGCUGAAGUUUCUGGAGAUAUCUCCAGAAAUACCCGCCUAUUGAAAUCUAUGAAGUCAGACCUGGAUUAUAUAUUUAUGAAAUUAAGAAGCAUGAAGUCGAAAAUUUCAGCAACUUAUCCAGAUGCCUUUCCUGAUUAUUCAGCUAAUGAAGUGGUUGAUGAGAGACCGGAUCUUGAAAUGCCCAAGUGAUUAUUGCUUGCAAAUGAAGUAGAAAUUCUAGAUCAUCUCUAUCUUUUCCAUUGCAAUACGCCUAUAAUAAAAUAAAUACACUCACUAUUUCACGAAGGGGCAUGAAUCUGAGUGCUAGAUGGCCAGAUGGGAAUGACAAAAUGGCUAGCUAAGGAAUGACAAUGGGCACACGAUGGGGGCGUAGACAUGAUGUUAAGGAUUUCCGGAUAACUAACGGCCCAUUUGGUAUGAAGGAUUUGGAAAGGAGGGGAGGGAAGAGAAGGGAUUUUAAUGAUUUUUCUUUUUUUGGUAAGAUAGAAAUUUUAGG